GACAGAAGCAGUCUGGGACGGAGACGUCCAGAUUAUCCAGGACGAGGAAGUGCGUCGGUGUGUGUUUCGAUUCUUCAGCUCCAGCCAGCACGUUCAGACACCGGCCACAGACCGAGGAAUGAGGCCGACACCAUGCUGCUGAUCCUGCUCUGCCUCCACGCCGUCUCCUGGGUCGCGUCUCAGGCGCCGCCGCCUCCACAGAACGUCCAGGUGGAGAAGGGUCAGCUGACGUGGACUCCAGGGGAGCCGGACGUUACCUACACUGUGAAUUACCGCAGAUUUAACUCUGAUAAAUGGGAAGCUCUUCCAGCCUGCAUCCAGACGCCUUUCCAUUCCUGCAACAUAUCAGCGAUUGGGCCGCGCGACACUAACGACUCGCCCGAGAACAGCUGCGUGACGCUGCGUGUGCGGGCCGAGAGACGGGGGCUGAGAUCUGAGGGUGUUAACGCCGGCAGCAGAUACGGUGACGUCUGCACGCCUCCGUUAAGCAUUUUGACCCGGCCUGGAUCACUCACCGUAUUCCUUAACGAUGACCACGAGCUGGCGAAGGAACACGCCAACAAUGCCAAGCACAGGAUUUACUUUGGCAGAGAGGGAGAGAGUCCUCUGCAGAAGUAUGAAGACACCAUAGACUCCAGGACCAUUGAAGACCUGGAGGAGGGGCAGCGGUACUGUGUUCAGGUGGCCUAUACGGUCCACGGGGACCUCGUGGAACCACGCAGCUGCAUCCAGUGUGAGGUCAUCCCUGCAUCAGAACACGUGAACAGGACGCCGAUGAUCGUGGGGCUGCUCGUCGGCAUCGUGGUCCUCGCCAUCAUCAUUCUUACAUUGGGAUACCUCGGGUUUUUCCAAACUGAGAAAAUCAAACGCUGCCUGGAGCCACAUAAAUAUGAAAUCCCGCCGAAUCUGUUUCGUGGGGAAUUUGAAGUCCGACCAUUUACUCCCAUCGUAGAGCGCUAUGACGACCUCCAGAUCUCUCACGGUAACUACGAGCCCAGAUCAGCACUCAGCCCUCCCGCCGCUGCUUCCUGAACUCUUGGAGAGGCUCCGCCCACUCACAGAGACUCCACUCAGUUUACCAGCAGAGGCGACUGAGUCGCUCACCUGCUCCAGGUGAUCUAACCGUGCACCAUCUGGAUUAUUUACCUGUGAGCACCUGAUCUCAGAACAUUUGUGAACUACUCCCAUGAGGACAGUGGGUGGAGUAAAACCAGGAUGGAGCGCAGCGAGCAGCUUCCUGACACUAAUUUUAACCACUGCGCGCUAACAACCAUCGCAGCAGAGAAGCGGGUCACUCUAGCAUUAACCAAGUAUCGUUUCUGA